CAUGGUUUAAUUAAUGUAUUCUUAGUUUGAUUCCAGUCAAUAAAUUACUAAUCCAAGUGCAUUUAGAAUUUAAAAAGCAUAAUAUGGAAUCUAAAUUAAUUCAGAUGGAGAACUUACUAUUGUCUAAUUUCCUAAUGAUUCCUCAUUCUCUAUUGACAAUCCUCUAAACGAAGACGACAGUUAAGAAGAUCAAGAAUUAUUAGAAGAUUCUGAUCAAUAUAUUUUUACCCCUAAAGAAUUUGAACCAAAUAAAGAAUUCAUGAAUUGUUUAAACUAAUACUUAAAAGUAGGAAACAUUUUGAAUAAAAUCAAAAAAUGAUAUAUUAAACACCUU